AUGGGACGGAACCGGCUCACCUGCACUCAUUACAUUCACGCCGCAAUAAUAAAACUUCCCAACUCGCUCGGAAUAUUGGAAUCCGGCGCGGCGCGUAGCGAGGCGGUCGCCUUAGUUAUUGCCGUCGGUUGUGCAAUAUGCCCCGCGGUUUUUAAUAAAGGCCCGGCCGAGCGAUGGGGCAUUUCGAAAAGUUACCGCACCAAGGCGGCCGCGCCGCCGCGUCCGACAAUGAGCCUGGAAAGCCGCGCCGUCGAGUUGAAGCGUCCGCUCGCCUAUAAGCCGCAUGUAAAAUCGCCGCGCCCGCUUAUUGCCGGGAUGGGAAUGUUGAAGCGAAUAUGGCGAAGC